GUCUGGGCGCUCUUGUCGAGUAUCUCAGACUAUGUCAUGUUAUUUCUAGAUGAUUUAGUGGAACCAGUUGGAUGAUUGGACGGACUGUAGGCUACAAUGCUGUUUUCUCAAAGAAACAAACUGAAGGUGACGCUACUGCAUCUCUUCGUUCUCUGCUCAGCCCAGCAUUCAGCCCAGCAUUCAGCCCAGCAUUCAGCCCAGCAUUCAGCCCAGCAUUCAGCCCAGCAUUCAGCCCAGCAUUCAGCCCAGCAUUCAGCCCAGCAUUCAGCCCAGCAUUCAGCCCAGCAUUCAGCCCAGCAUUCAGCCCAGCAUUCAGCCCAGCAUUCAGCCCAGCAUUCAGCCCAGCAUUCAGCCCAACCUGAGACUCGGCAGGUGAAAGGCAUCGUGGGAAAGUCUCUCUCUUUUCCAGUGGUGGUGUUGAAGUCUGGCAGUUUACUUUAUGGAGACCUUGGCAGUAUUGCACACGUGUACCCUGGUAAACAAAGUAAUACCAACCUUGUGAAGAGAUUUAAAAAUCGCCUUCACUGGAACAAUGUUACUGGAUCCUUCACUUUGUCAGACCUACAAAUAGAUGAUUCUGGGGUUUACACUGUGGAGAAUACAGAUGGAGAUGAAGAGAAGACGACACAUAUAUUUCAGCUGACUGUGUACUUUCUGUCCAAACCUGUCCAAGUGACAGUCCAUGACAGCAGCUCCUGUAGUGUGUUGUGUUCUGUGGAGAACGGGAGAGAGGUGACCUUGUCCUGGUACCGAGGAGAGGAGAAACUCAACCAGACGAGCAGCCCUGACCUCAACACCACCCUCUCUCUACCUCUCAAGGUGGAUGUACAGACCAGAGACUCUUACAGAUGUGAGGCUGCCAACCCAGUCAGCAAGGAGACAGCUGUUGUUCCAAAUCCCUGUAUAGAGAGUGAUCCCUCCAAGGUGGCAGAUGGUGAUGAGAUGACUCGAGGUUCUCUUAUUAUUGCUGUAAUCUGCGUUUUGGUUGCUUCAGGACUUGUUGGACUUGCAAUCUAUCUUAAGAAGAGGAGAAACGGACACUCACAUACAGAUUCACCCGAAAGAGAGCAAGAUGACAUUCACUAUGCAGAGAGAACCCACAUUAAAUCAACAGAUAACCAGGAGGAGCGAAGAGGUAUACCAGAACUGGAUCUGCUUAGAGACAACCCUAACCUGACAUUAGUUUAUUAUACACUCCCGUUACAUCACAUCGCUGCCAGCGAGGAUGUUAACACAGCAUGAAGGAGAGAGAGAACCGCAAGUUACUCAGAGGAUGACAUGAUAAUUCACAUUCAAUAGAAGGCGUUAAAUCUUACAGUGGAUGUUGAGACAAAAUUAUAGUAAAUAUUCAUCUGGAAAACUUAAUGGAGGCACAGUUGUUACUGGAGGAAAUUCCCAUUUAACGAUUGUGCUGUUAUCAUUUCAAACUUCCUCUGUUGGUCAUUCUCACAGUCUCUUGUUGAAUUGGGGCCUCAAUGAGAUUCACUGAUACAGACAAAUUCAAUAACUAUGCCUAGGGUUAUUAGUAGGAUGAUCCCUCUUUUCAAGUGCCCAUUGUCCAAAUGUAUAGGUUAAAACAAAUGGAACCUCUUUUAAUACAAUUAAUUAGUGUACUUACUAUACUACUGCUGUGCCAAAGCUUCUUUUCAGUAUUGUCUGUUCUGUUGUUUAAAUGUAGGUGCCGCCCCUGUAUAUUUCUUUAUAACUGGUCAUUAUUUAGCUUGCCAGUGGAUAGUAGCUGUGAACAUAAAAAGCAGAUGUUUGGUGAGAUAAAGCCACCUACUCCUCAGCACAAUGGCUACUAGUGUAAUGCCUUUCGUUGGUGGAAGGACCAAAAUGCAGCGUGGUACGUAUCCAUAAUAUCAUUUAAUCGAGAAUGAAUACAAAAUACAAAAGAACAAGAGAAUAAAUGAAAAUCGAACUGGUACCGAUUGGUACUAACACAUGAAACAAUCACCCACAAAACACAAUAGAAAACAGGCUACCUAAAUAUGGCUCCCAAUCAGAGACAACGACUGACACCUGCCUCUGGUUGAGAACCAUACUAGGCCAAACACAUAGAAAUAGAACAUACAGAACAAAACAUAGAAUGCCCACCCCAACUCACGCCCUGACCAAACUAAAAUAAAGACAUAAAAACGGAACUAAGGUCAGAACGUGACAAUUAGGCUACGUUGGAAACCACCAAAUUCUGUUGAAACAUUUCUGAGUGGUAGAUCUUGAUUUGCUUUUUGACUCAAAAAGUGAUCUUUGGUGACAUUUUACUCUUAUUGCUUUUCCCAAAAUGCAGACGUGAUUAAGUGUAGUUCAGAUCUUGCUUUGACAAUAACUGUGUUCAUGCAGUUUGAAUGUACGGUUACAAUGUUUUGUGUGGACCCCAGGAAGAGUUUUGUGCUCUGAGCCAGUGUACACCAAUUUGUACUCUGAGUCAGUGUACUGUAUAUUGUAAGUGUAACUUAAAUCAUGUGUCAGCAAAAUGUUCUCUAACCGUUCUAUGCUUUUACAUUUGGACUGUGGUCAUGCAUUAUUGUGCCAAUUUAUGUUUUAUAUAAAAACAUGUCUUGUAAAUUAUUCCAUGCCAAAUAUAAUUUUAAUCACAUUUGGUCAGAAAACAUGAGUGCCUCAUUUAUCAUUCUGUGUAUGUAUGUGAUGUAUUUUUCUACAAUUUUCAGAUUGUGCAAUAUAGUGACUCCAGUGUUUUGUUUACAUUUUAACUUCCUGAUUCCUGAUCUUUAGCAUUAUGGUCAGUGUGAAGAACUGUCUUUGGCUCCUCCUAAAACAGAUGUUUCUGCAGCUCACACUGACAACCCCUCUUUCGGUGCACAGUUGUCAGGGUGUUGAACUUUUUCACCAGAAACCAGCAUAUAUGUAUAACUAAGUGUAUAAAAAAAAUACUUUCCCACAAUCUCUUUCACCUGCUGAGUUUCAGACUGGGCUGAAUGCUGGGCUUCACAGAGUAGAUAGCUUCGAUAUCUCAGUAUCAACACACUUGUCACAAAGUAGAGUAUAUAUUAUAUACGUAAGCUACACCAUUUAGAGUCUGUUUUUUCCAGUUAAGACCCCAAAAACGGCAGUCUUGUUUUGCUCAUGCUGCAACACUUGACAUGAAACUAACUACAACAUUUUCACCCAUCUCACUUCUCUGCCCAUGAUCUAUUUAAUAAAGCACAUGACCUGUUCCUCAA